AUAUCUGUGCGUCGUUACGUAACGGAGCUUGUUGACGAGUUUCAACAUGGCGAAGGGCAUCAAGUCCACUUCUAACAACUAAACAAUAGUAGAAUACUAUGGCUGGAGUUGACGAGGCAGUUCUCAUCGGACUGUGUGAUGGGGCAAUCGAUUCAAAGCGUUAUCCGAUGUCUUACUUGACGAACAAAAUUGGCGACCWACCGGACAAGCUUCCAGUGAUAUCAUGGCAACAUCCACGCUGUGGUCUAUGCAGCGUGGUCAUGGCCCAUGUGGUGCAGGUGUACUGCCCCCUAGCGGCGUCUCCCUACCACCGCACCCUGAAUGUGUUCGCCUGCCCKGGGCCACAGUGCAGCGGACAACCASAGAGCUGGAGGGUUCUGCGUUCUCAGUGUCUGGAAUCAGAGGUCAGAACCAACCCUGUGAUCCAACCUCCAGGCCACGCCCCAGUUAAAGAGGUUCCCAUGACAACCACAUACUGGUGUGAUGGGACUGAUGACUGGGGUGAGGAAGGGGACAAGCAGGAGGGGGGAGAUGGAUGGGACAAGGCCCAGAACCAAGCUCAUAUGGGGGGAGAGGAUCCUGAGAUCCUCUUACUCACCGGGACCUCCUCUGAGCUGGAUGUGAGUGGCAAGCUUCAGGGACUCAGUCUGGAAGGAGGAGAAAAGGUGUUGGAGGAGGAAGGGGAGGUCCCGGGUAACAUCCCUACCUACAGACCUUUCUACAUCAGUGUGGUGGAUGAGACUGACCUGGGUGGUCAGUCAGACCUGGAGCACGCUGAGACUUUGCUGAGGGAGUACGAGCAAAGAGAGGGAGUAGGGAAGAUCGGGAGCUCUGAGGGAGGAGGAGGGGAGGAGAGGUACGAGAAGGACAACCCCAGACAUGGAGACGCAGUGUUCUCUCGCUUCAUGAAGAGGAUCUCUGUGUGUCCGGAGCAGGUGUUACGGUACAGCUGGCACGGGUCUCCUCUCUUCUUGUCUGACCCCCCCUCGGACCCGCCUUGGAUUAAACCCGGCUGCUGUCACUGUGGAGGAAUCCGGGUGUUUGAGUUCCAGCUGAUGCCUGCUCUGGUCAGCCUGCUACAGAGGACAGACCCUGGGUCAAGGUCGUCGGUAGAGAUGGGGGAUGUAGAGAUGAAUACGGGGCUGGAGUUUGGUACUGUGAUGGUGUUUACUUGUAGAAACAGCUGUUGGUCGGCAGGUUCAACCUCGCCUGUGGAAGAGGUCAUCUAUCUACAGGCAGAUCCAGACCAGAAUCUCUUCAAAUAACCUGUGGAAGAGGUCAUCUAUCUACAGGCAGAUCCAGACCAGAAUCUCUUCAAAUAACCUGUGGAAGAGGUCAUCUAUCUACAGGCAGAUCCAGACCAGAAUCUCUUCAAAUAACUGACACACGUUUACAUACACAGUUUUUUUAUGCGAGUAAAGUGAUCAUUUUUUCCCGUUAAGACAUGGUGGGAUGUUUUUGUGUCAAAUUAAAUAUGCUAGAAAUACCUUUUUUUAAUGCGCAAAUAUUGGUAUAAUAACAAAGUGAAGUUGGGAGUCGUGAUGAUAUGUGUGUGGAUUCUCCCACCACGACUCGGGGAAAGCAUUUAUUAGGCUACAGAUUAAAUAAAUUAUGGGGUUGGUGAAAGGACACAGUGAUGAACUUGAUGCUCCUUUCCAAUAAAUAUCAAGGGUCUGAUUCUGAUGACAUGAUGAUUAAUGUUUAUAUAGRCCUUCUACACCUGCAUUGCUUGCUGUUUGGGGUUUUAGGCUGGGUUUCWGUACAGCACUUUGAGACAUCAGCUGAUG